CGACACCGGUAAAGAAGUAUUCGCGUCAGCACAGGGAAAUAAACCAGACAGUUUACUGUUCACAAUGAUGGAGGAUGAAGAAUUAGAAUUUGUGGAAGAUUUAGAGGCGAUAUUACACCUUACCCCAGAAGUGCAAUUGGCGAUUGAGCAGGUUUUUCCCAGUCAAGACCCAUUAGAUCGAGCUGAUUUUAAUGCUGUUGAAUACAUUAAUACCUUGUUUCCAACAGAGCAGUCCCUGGCAAAUAUAGAUGAAGUGGUGAAUAACAUUCGACUUAAAAUCAGAAAGUUGGAUGACAAUAUCAGAACAGUGGUGAGGGGACAGACGAAUGUGGGGCAAGAUGGCAGACAAGCUUUGGAGGAGGCCCAGAAAGCCAUUCAGCAACUCUUUGGCAAAAUCAAAGACAUCAAAGACAAAGCAGAGAAAUCGGAGCAAAUGGUUAAGGAGAUCACACGGGACAUCAAGCAGCUGGAUCAUGCCAAGCGUCACCUGACGACUUCUAUAACCACCCUCAAUCACCUGCACAUGCUGGCUGGUGGCGUUGACUCUCUUGAAGCUAUGACACGAAAACGGCAGUAUGGAGAGGUGGCCAAUCUCCUUCAGGGUGUAGUCAAUGUGCUGGAGCACUUCCAAAAGUACAUGGGCAUCCCGCAGAUACGGCAGCUCUCAGAGAGAGUAAAAGCUGCACAGAGUGAACUUGGUACACAGAUACUGGCUGACUUUGAGGAGACGUUUCCUGCCCAGGGGUCAAAGAAAUCUGGAGGUCCCAGCAUUGUUCUCAGAGAUGCCUGUUUGGUGGCAAAUGUCCUGGAUCCUCGGAUUAAGCAAGAGAUCAUCAAAAAGUUCAUCCGGCAGCACCUUUCAGAAUACAUGGUGCUUUUUCAAGAGAAUCAAGAUGUGGCAUGGCUGGACAAGAUUGACCGGCGAUAUGCAUGGAUCAAGCGUCAACUGGUGGAUUAUGAGGAGAAAUAUGGACGAAUGUUUCCUGAAGAGUGGUGCAUGACUGAACGCAUCGCUGUUGAGUUCUGUCACAUCACCAGAACUGAGCUGACCAAGCUGAUGAGAACACGUGCCAGAGAGAUUGAGGUCAAGCUUUUGCUAUUCGCUAUUCAGAGGACUACCAAUUUUGAGGGACUGCUGGCUAAACGCUUCUCAGGCUGCACCUUGAACGACGGGCCCGGGCAGAAAAAGCCAGAGACUCCUUUAGAACCAACAAACCCCUUUCUGGAAGAUGAGUCUGGAGAGGACAAUGUAUCAGAAAAGGAUGAAGAUUUGGACAGACCAAAGAAGCCCAAGGCUCCAGACAACCCUUUCCACGGCAUUGUGUCCAAGUGUUUUGAGCCUCACCUCUACGUUUACAUCGAGUCGCAGGAUAAAAAUCUUGGAGAGCUGAUUGACCGUUUUGUUGCUGACUUCCGGGCGCAGGGUCCCCCUAAAUCAGGUACAGAUGAGGGUGGUGCUGUGCUGCCCAGCUGUGCUGAUCUCUUUGUGUACUACAAGAAGUGUAUGGUGCAGUGCUCUCAACUGAGCACCGGAGAACCCAUGAUUGCUCUGACCACCAUCUUCCAGAAGUAUCUGCGCGAGUACGCCUGGAAGAUCCUCUCCGGAAACCUACCCAAGACCAGCACCAAUAGUGGUGGUCUGACCAUCAGCAGCCUGUUGAAGGAAAAAGAGGGAUCAGAAGUAGCCAAGUUCACCGUGGAAGAGCUGUGUCUGAUUUGUAGUAUCCUCAGCACGGCUGAAUACUGUCUGGCUACCACACUACAGCUGGAGGAGAAGCUCAAGGAGAAGGUGGACAAGUCUCUAAUGGAGAGAAUCAACCUUUCUGGGGAGAUGGACACAUUUAGCACGGUUAUUUCAAACAGUAUCCAGCUCUUGGUUCAGGAUCUGGAUGCUGCAUGUGAUCCAGCCCUCACUGCUAUGAGCAAGAUGCCGUGGCAGAGCGUGGAACAUGUGGGUGACCAAAGCCCAUAUGUGACCUCUGUAAUCAUGCACAUCAAACAGAACGUGCCCAUCAUCAGAGACAACCUGGCCUCCACCCGCAAAUACUUCACCCAGUUCUGCAUUAAAUUCACCAACUCCUUCAUUCCAAAGUUCAUCAAUCACCUCUUCAGGUGUAAGCCAAUCAGCAUGGUUGGAGCCGAGCAGCUACUCCUAGACACUCAUUCGCUGAAGACGGUUCUUCUAGACCUCCCUUCUAUUGGCUCUCAGGUGGUCCGAAAAGCUCCUGCCAGCUACACCAAAAUAGUGGUGAAAGGAAUGACUCGGGCUGAGAUGAUUCUCAAGGUGGUCAUGGCCCCUCACGAGCCAUCUGUGGUGUUUGUGGACAACUACAUUAAACUGCUUGCCGACAGCAAUCCUGAAACCUUCCAGAAGAUUCUAGAUAUGAAGGGUCUGAAACGAAGUGAGCAGAGCACCAUGCUGGAGCUCUUCAGACAGCGGCUGCCGACUCCACCGUCAGGACCGGAUGGAGGCCCAUCACUGUCCUUCAGCGCACCCACUCCAGAACAAGAGUCCUCCCGUAUCCGCAAACUAGAGAAGCUUAUCAAAAAGAGGAUUCAAUAACUCAGUUCAUUAAUGUGAGCACUUUUAUUAGUGCACACUAAUCUCCAUUAUCAGCAUGGCCUGAAAACAUGUCGCCACUCCAGUUUUAUCCUGCUGAAAAUGGAGUGUAAAUACUACUGCUGUGUCCUCUGUAUGUAUUUAUGUUCUUUUACAAAUCAUGGUUUUGAGGCUUUCAUGAAUUGCUUUACUAUAAGCCUUAUGAUUCAAGUCCUUUCCUGAACCUCAACACAUUACUGGCAUGAAUGAGUCAUUUUGCCAUCACCCCCCUUUUUUUCUUGCUCCACUUUACAACACUAAUACCCACAGUGUCAUUUACUUUGCACAUUUUUCUGAUUUAUGCAAUGGGCAAUGUGGCCUAGAAAAGUAACCUGCUGCUAUUCUGGCACAAAAUGUUCUGGCUUGGGAUUUCCAACAUCAAAAUGAUUUAAAGCCAAAGUUUUUCUAAUUGUCCCCUCACUAUAACAGUAAACGGCUGUGUGGAGCUUGGGCCUGUUGGGUAGCAUAUUUCAGACACUCCAAAACAAAGGAGCUUGAGAUGUCCUGCUGAAACGACAAACCAGUUGUUUUGGCUUUUAAAAUGUUUUCCCAGGUUGGGGCGAAAAGAAAGAAACACUCACACUGUAGAUGUUUUGUUCCUGCAGGAGUCGUAAGGAAGAAAUAUCCACCCCUCAUGCUUCCCAUGAUAGAAAUAUUUUCUUUGCGAACAAUAACUGAAGUUCAUGGGAGAUUAUCGGAACGCAGAAAUAUUAGUGUUCAUGCUGUGGAUCUAUAAUUUUCAUUUGCGUCAUCUGCUGUUCACUUGUGUAAAGAAGUAUUUGUUUGUGUUCAUCGUUUUGACAUAACUUAUUUUAUAGUCCUUUUUAAUAGGUCAUUAAAUGAACCGUGGAAUGGAUUUACUGUCAUUUGGAUCAUUUAAUCUAUUAUCGCACUCUUCUUUAGGAUGGUUUCUUCUCUGUAUAUGGCUUUGGACUUGUUAAAAGAGCUCAACCGCAGUGCAUAUCAAAGCUAGAUUUGUGCAAUGAAUGUAUGAUUUAUGUGCUGGAGUGGCUACUGUGAUGUAUGUGAGUUUAUUGCAAUAUUGUUUGCAAUGAUUUCUACUCUGGUUUAUACUGUUGACGGCUUCUAAUCAAAACAUUCCUGCCUUCUGUGAAUAUGACGACAGCUUUUUAAGAAUAACUGCAGAGAUACAUUCUGCUCAGUAAAAAUCUGUUGACUAUGGGCUUUGA